UUUCUGAGUAGAGUCUGUCUGAUGCCGCCCCCCCCCCCCCCCCCCCCCCCUUCCAGAACUGGCGAUGUCUGCUUCCCAAACGUGGUUAACACUCGGAGUAACGGGAAACUUGGGACGUCACAUCGAGGGACGUCCAGGGAGGGGGGGGAGGGGGGGGGCAUCAGAUGUUAUUCACACAAAAGGGUCUCUCCUUAGUUUCUUCUUCUUUUUGUAAUUGUACAGUCAUAUUGUUCAACCACUGCAGUCAUUGUAAUUCUUGUACAAGUUGUAUCACUGGUUGUUGUACCAUAUCUGACAUUUGUAAUUAAUUAUGAAAUAAUACACUGCCGUUUGUAUAAAAAAUACAUAGGUCCCCUGGUUUUAUUUGUGUCGUGUUUACCUUUUGAUGUUUUUGUGGUGCGAGGGAUAGGAAACUAUUAUAAUCACACAUUUUUCAACAAAAAUAUUUUGUUGGUCUCAGGCACAUUUCAGAGCCAACUUCUCUGGCAAAUGUAGAUUUAUGCUUUGAUAGGUCUUCUCCUCAAAAAACUUGUAAAAUACAUUUUUCUAACAUUUAACCUGUAAGCUUUCACAGCCAGGAGAGAAACAAAAAUAUAUUUUCAUGUUUACAUUUGAUGUGUUUGUUGUUGUAAGGUUAGGGAACUAUUAUAGUCACACAUUUGGUAUAUUUUAAAAGGAUUGGGUUCAAUCCCGAAUGUCUUCAGACAUAUAUUGAUUUAUGAAGGAUUUCUGUUAUAAACAACUCAUAGGAUAGGAUAACACUUUAUUAACCCCAAAGACAUUCUGGUGUUGUCUCGGCAUAAAAUGACAAGUCAAACAAGUAUAUAUAGGAUGGAUGAGGGAACGCAAAUAACAAUAUGCAUUUAUUAACUUAACACUCACCUAUAUAUAGGCUACAAUGCAUAUUAUACAAUAACAAUUAUAAAAGGCUAAACCAAUCCAAAUCCUGUUGAUUAAUGAGGGCAGUAAUUGCAGUUACCGCAGUGGACCACAUGAGCACUGAAGUCAAAUGUAUUUGCUUUUCAUUUACUUUGUCCGUCUGCCUUCAAGUAAGUAAUUAAAUCUAGUCAAUCCCUGAAUCUAGAGAAUGUAGAUGUAGAUGCUUUAGCAAAAAUAGCAAAAAUGCUUUAAUGAGUUAAUUAAAGCAGCUUUCUAGCUUGAUUCAAAUCGAAUAAGGACCGAAAUCAUUAAACAACUGUCCAUGGCUAAAACCAUGAAGUAAAAAUUGCUGUUAGUUGUUAUUUGUAAAUGCAAAUAAGCCAAAGGUUUUAUUAUGACCCUAUGGAUUUGAGUAAACCCGUGACCGACCCCUCCUUCAUCCACGACACGUUCAUUGGCCUCCUCUUGCGUCAAUCACAGUCAAACGGUCGCUGAUUGGCCAAGCGCCAUCGCGUCUGCUCCACUCGCUGCGAAGCUGUCACAAGUCCACUUCCUUGUAGGAUUUGUCAGGGCAGCAGCGAACCUCAAAUAUGCCUUUCAUCGCAAUGCAUCCCAUUCAUUAAUGGACGACCUCGUGAAGGAAUAGCAAACCCAACUGACCGAGGAGAAGGAGGAGAGGAGGUGCUUAGAGGAGGAGCACUGCGUCCGGCCGCGCCGCCUCGCCUCCCCGUGGCGUCGGUGUUCUGACCAAAAUGGCCACCAUGGAGAAACUAAUGAAGGCCUUCGAGUCCCUGAAGUCGUUCCAGCAGCAGCAGGGUCCCCCCACGGUGGAGGAGCUGGUGCAGAAGCAGAAAAAGGAGCAGGCUGCCACUAAGAAGGACCGCGUCACACAUUGCUUGACGAUAUGCGAGAACAUUGUAGCCCAGUCUCUGAGGACUUCUCCGGAGUUCCAAAAGCUGCUUGGCAUCGCCAUGGAGAUGUUCCUUCUCUGCAGCGACGACAGCGAAUCGGACGUCAGGAUGGUGGCUGACGAGUGCCUGAACAAGAUCAUAAAGGCUCUGAUGGACUCCAACCUGCCCAGACUCCAGCUGGAGCUGUACAAAGAGAUUAAGAAGAACGGGGCCUCGCGGAGCCUGAGGGCGGCUCUCUGGAGGUUCGCUGAGCUCGCCCACCUCAUCAGGCCACAGAAGUGCAGACCCUACCUGGUGAACCUGCUGCCCUGCCUGACCCGGAUCACCAAGCGCCAGGAGGAGACGGUGCAGGAGACCCUCGCCGCCGCCAUGCCCAAGAUCAUGGCCGCGCUCGGACAGUUCGCCAACGACGGGGAGAUCAAGGUGCUGCUGAAGUCGUUUGUGGCCAACCUGAAGGUCAGCUCUCCCACCAUCCGACGCACGGCCGCCAGCUCGGCCGUGAGCGUGUGUCAGCAGUCCAGACGGCCCAGCUACUUCUACACCUGGCUGCUCAACGUGCUGCUGGGCCUGCUGGUGCCGGUGGACGAGGAGCACCCGAGCCACCUGAUCCUGGGCGUGCUGCUGUCGCUGCGCUACCUGCUGCCGCUGCUGCAGCAGAACAUCAACGGGCCCAGCCUGAAGGGCAGCUUCGGCGUGAUGAGGAAGGAGGUGGACGUCCAGCCCACGCCGGAGCAGCUGCUGCAGGUGUACGAGCUGACCCUCCACUACACGCAGCACCGCGACCACAACGUGGUCACGGCGGCGCUGGAGCUGCUGCAGCAGAUGUUCCGGACUCCGCCCCCGGAGCUGCUGCACAUGCUCAUCACGCCCGGCAGCAUCCCGCACGCCGGCGUGUUCCGGCAGGACGCCGAGGGCCGCGCGCGCUCCGGCAGCAUCGGGGAGUUCAUCGGUAAACGCGGUGAACGUUGGACGUUGGGGGGGGGAGGGGGGGGGGGCUCGGCCGAGUGGCACAGCAGGGGUUGGGGGGGAGACCUGGUCCCUUCAGAGACUGGAUCAAAGGGCCAUCACCUCUUAUCCGAGUGCAUCUUUUCUUUUGUUCCCUCCCAGCCCUCGAGGAUCAAGGGUCCUAUUGGCCACUACACGGACCAGGGGGCGGAGCCUCUGGUGCACUGUGUCCGCCUCCUCUCUGCCUCCUUCCUCCUGACUGGACAGAAGAAGGGUCUGGUGCCGGACAAGGAGGUGCGUGUGAGCGUGAAGGCGCUGGCGGUCAGCUGCGUGGGGGCGGCGGCGGCUCUGCUCCCCGAGGCCUUCUUCAACGCCCUGUACCUGGAGCCGCUGGCCGGGGUCCCGGCCGACGAGCAGCAGUACAUCAGCGACGUGCUGGAGCUGGUGGACCACGCGGACCCCCAGAUCCGGGGGGCCACGGCCAUCCUCUGCGGGGCCAUCCUGCAGGCGGUGCUCAUCAAGACGCGCUACAACAUGCACAGCUGGCUGGCCGGCGUGCAGAAGGCAGCAGGUAACCCUCUGUCCCUGGUGGACCUGGUGCCUCUGCUCCAGAAGACCCUGAAGGACGAGUCGUCCGUCACCUGCAAGCUGGCCUGCUCCGCCAUCAGGCACUGCCUCAUGACGCUCUGCAGCAGCACUCUGAGCGAGCUGGGCCUGCAGCUGCUCAUCAACCUGCUAGCCCUGAGGGACUGUUCCUAUUGGCUGGUCAGGACGGAGCUCCUGGAGACCCUGGCCGAGAUGGACUUCCGGUUAGUGAACUACCUGGAGAGGAAGACUGAAGCAUUACACAAAGGAGACCAUCACUACACCGGGCAUCUGUGUCUGCAGGAGCGGGUGCUGAACAGCGUGGUGAUCCACCUGCUGGGAGACGACGACCACAGAGUGAGACACGUGGCCGCCUCCAUCAUCAGCAGGCUGGUGCCUCGACUGUUCUUCGACUGCGACCAGGGCCAGGCGGACCCCGUGGUGGCCAUCGCCCGGGACCAGAGCUCCGUCUACCUGCAGCUGCUGAUGCACGAGACCCAGCCCCCGUCCCACUUCACAGUCAACACCAUCACCAGGACGUACCGUGGCUACAACCUGUCCACGGGCCUGUCCGACGUCACCAUGGAGAACAACCUGUCCAGGGUCGUCACGGCCGUGUCCCACGCCCUCACCUCGUCCACCUCCAGAUACCUCACCUUCGGCUGCGUUGAGGCCCUGUGUCUCCUGGCCUCCACCUUCCCGGUGUGCAGCUGGAGCACCGGCUGGCACUGCGGCUACGUCAGCUCCAGCGCCAGCUACUCCACCCGCUCCGGCCUGAACCGCGCCCGGAGCCGCACACUCAGUCUGUCCCAGCCUGGCGGGGCCCCCGCGGCCCCCGGCUCCUCGGCGGCCCCCGGCUCCUCGGCGGCCCCGGAGCCCGAGCGGCGGACCCUGACGGUGGGCGUGGCCAACAUGGUUCUGUCCCUGCUGACCUCGGCCUGGUUCCCCCUGGACCUGUCGGCCCACCAGGACGCCCUGCUGCUGGCCGGCAGCCUGCUCGCCGCGGCCGCACCCAAGUGCAUGCGCAGCCCCUGGGCCGGGGAGGAGGAGGGGGGCGCGGGCGGGGCGGGCCCCAACGCCGGCGGCCCCGCCCACAAGCCGGAGGAGCCCUGGGCCGCGCUGUCGGAGCGCUCCCUGGUGGCCAUGUUGGAGCAGCUCUUCUCCCACCUGCUCAAGGUGCUCAACAUCUGCGCCCACGUGCUGGACGACACGCCCCCCGGACCUGCUGUCAAGGCCACCCUGCCCUCGCUGGCCAACACCCCCUCUCUCAGCCCCAUCCGGAGGAAGGGGAAGGAGAAGGACCCCAUCGAGCCCAGCAUCACCCCCAUGAGCCCCAAGAAGGGCAGCGAGCCCAGCACGGGACGUCCGGGCGACGGUACCGGGCCCCCGGGCGUCAGCAAGUCCAGCACCAUCGGCAGCUUCUACCACCUGCCCCCCUACCUCAAGCUCUACGACGUCCUCAAGGCCACGCACGCCAACUACAAGGUGACGCUGGACCUCCACAGCAGCCAGGAGAAGUUUGGUGGGUUCCUGCGCUCUGCGCUGGACGUGCUGUCCCAGCUGCUGGAGCUGGCCACGCUCCACGACAUCGGCAAGUGUGUGGAGGAGAUCCUGGGCUACCUCAAGGCCUGCUUCCUGAGGGAGCCCACCAUGGCCACCCUGUGCGUCCAGCAGCUGCUGAAGACUCUGUUCGGCACCAACCUGGCCUCCCAGUACGACGGGGCCCUGAGCGGGCCCAGCCGCUCCCAGGGGAAGGCCCUCCGGCUGGGCUCCUCCAACCUGCGGCCCGGCCUCUACCACUACUGCUUCAUGGCGCCCUACACGCACUUCACCCAGGCCCUCGCCGACGCCAGCCUGAGGAACAUGGUGCAGGCGGAGCACGAGCAGGACGCGUCCGGGUGGUUCGAUGUGAUGCAGAAGGUGUCCAAUCAGCUGAGGUCCAGCAUCACCAACGUGACGCGGCAGAGAGGAGACAAGAACGCCAUCCACAACCACAUCCGUCUGUUCGAGCCGCUGGUGAUCAAGGCCCUGAAGCAGUACACCACCAGCACCUCCGUGGCCCUCCAGAGGCAGGUCCUGGACCUGCUGGCCCAGCUCGUCCAGCUCCGCGUCAACUACUGCCUGCUGGACUCGGACCAGGUGUUCAUCGGCUUUGUCCUGAAGCAGUUUGAGUUCAUUGAAGUCGGCCAGUUCCGGGACUCUGACGCGGUGAUCCCCAACAUCUUCCUGUUCCUGGUGCUGCUGUCGUACGAGCGCUACCACUCCAAGCAGAUCAUCAGCAUCCCCAAGAUCAUCCAGCUGUGUGACGGCAUCAUGGCCAGCGGCAGGAAGGCUGUCACCCACGCGAUCCCGGCCCUGCAGCCCAUCGUCCACGACCUGUUCGUCCUGCGCGGCUCCAACAAGGCGGACGCGGGCAAGGAGCUGGAGACGCAGAAGGAGGUGGUGGUGUCCAUGCUGCUGAGGCUCAUCCAGUACCACCAGGUGUUAGAGAUGUUCAUCCUGGUCCUCCAGCAGUGUCACAAGGAGAACGAGGACAAGUGGAAGAGGCUGUCGCGGCAGAUCGCAGACGUCAUCCUGCCCAUGAUCGCCAAGCAGCAGAUCCACCUGGACUCCCCCGAGGCUCUGGGCGUGCUCAACACCCUCUUCGAGACGGUCGCCCCCUCCUCCCUCCGGCCCGUCGACAUGCUGCUGAAGAGCAUGUUCACCACCCCCGCUACCAUGGCCUCGGUCUCCACGGUCCAGCUGUGGGUGUCCGGGAUCCUGGCCGUGCUGCGGGUGCUGAUCUCCCAGUCCACCGAGGACAUCGUGCUGUCCCGCGUCCACGAGCUCUCGCUGUCCCCCGCGCUGCUGGGCUGCCCCACCAUCCGGGCCCUCCACCAGCACGGGCCCCCCCAGCAGGGGUACCCCGCCGCCGUCGCCCCCGGCAACCAGGAGGCGGGCGGGGAGGCGGCGGUGAGGGCCCAGCCCGAGGAGACGUUUGCCAGGUUCCUCCUCCAGCUGGUGGGGGUGCUGCUGGAGGACAUCUCGUGCCGCCAGGUGAAGGUGGACAUGACGGAGCAGCAGCACACCUUCUACUGCCAGCAGCUGGGCACCCUGCUCAUGUGCCUCAUCCACAUCUUCAAGAGCGGGAUGUUCCGGCGCAUCACGGCGGCGGCGUCCCGCCUCCUGAAGGGGGAGGGGCCCUGCGUGGGCGGGGAGGCGGGGGCCUUCUACUCGCUGGACGCCCUGAACGCCCGGGUCCAGGGCCUGACCACCACCCACCCCGCCCUGGUGCUGCUCUGGUGCCAGGUGCUGCUCAUCAUCAACUACACCAACUACUCCUGGUGGGCCGAGGUGCACCAGACCCCCAGGGGCCACAGCCUGUCCUGCACCAAGCUGCUGAGCCCCCACUCCUCCGGGGAGGGCGAGGACGAGAAGCCCGAGUGGCGUCUGGCCAUGAUCAACAGGGAGGUGGUCCGCAGGGGCGCGCUCGUCCUCUUCUGUGACUACGUGUGUCAGAACCUCCACGACUCAGAGCACCUCACCUGGCUGAUCGUGAACCACGUCAGUGACCUCAUCAGCCUGUCCCACGAGCCGCCCGUGCAGGACUUCAUCAGCGCCGUGCACCGCAACUCGGCGGCCAGCGGCCUCUUCAUCCAGGCCAUCCAGUCGCGCUGCGACAACCUCUCCACGCCCACCAUGCUGAAGAAGACCCUGCAGUGCCUGGAGGGGAUCCACCUCAGCCAGUCGGGCUCCCUGCUGAUGCUGUACGUGGACAAGCUGCUCAGCACGCCCUUCAGGGUGCUGGCCCGCAUGGUCGACACGCUGGCCUGUCGCCGCGUGGAGAUGCUGCUGGCAGAGACGCUGCAGAACAGCAUCGCCCAGCUGCCAACGGAGGAACUGGACCGGCUCCAGGGCUACCUCCAGUCCAGCGGGCUGGCCCAGAGGCACCAGAGGUUCUACUCUCUGCUGGACAGGUUCCGAGCCACUGUUGCCGAGGAGACCACUAGCCCCGCCCCCCCGGUGACGUCACACCCCCUGGACGGUGAUCCGCCACCUGCCCCGGAACUGGUCGUCGCCGACAAGGAGUGGUACGUGAACCUGGUGAAGUCCCAGUGCUGUCUGGCCGGGGACGGCUCGCUGCUGGAGACCACCGAGCUGCUGACCAAGCUGCCCGCCGCCGACCUCUCCAGCAUCAUGAGCUGCAAGGACUUCAACCUGAGCCUGCUCUGCCCCUCCCUGAGCGUGGGCAGGCAGCGGCUGGCCCGGGGUCAGGGGUCGUUGCUCAUGGAGACGGCGCUGCAGGUCACCCUGGAGCAGCUGGCGGGCGUCACCCAGGCACUUCCUGUCCCCCACCAGUCCUUCCUGCCGCCCACCAGUCCGACCCAACCCGAGCCGUACUGGGACCGGCUGGCUGAGGUCUACGGUGAGCCAGGGUUCUUCCCCAGGGUGCUCUCGCUGUGCCGGGCGCUGUCCCAGUACCUGCUGAGUGUCAGCAGGCUACCCGCCUCGCUGCACAUCCCCGUCGACAAGGAGCACCUCAUCACCGUCUUCACCGUCACGGCCACCGAGCUGAUGGCGUGGCGGCUGCUGCAGGACGCGCUGCCCAUCAGCGUGGACCUCCAGUGGGGGCUGGCCGCCCUCUGCCUCGCCCUGCAGCAGCCCUGCGUGUGGAACCGCCUGGCCAGCCCCGAGUACACCUCCCACACCUGCUCCCUGGUGCACUGCCUGCGCCUCAUCAUCACCGCAGUGGCGGUGAGUCCGGGCGACCAGCUGCUGCAUCCAGAGAAGAAGAAGACCAGGGCGGAGCGGGAGGCGGAGGAGGACCAGCUGGACUCCGCCCCCCCGCCCGAGAUCAACGUGUGCCAGCAGCAGGCGUGUGAGAUCAUGGCGGAGCUGGUGGAGGGCCUUCAGAGCGUCUUCGCUCUCGGUCACCAUAGGAACGCCGCCAUCCCCGCCUUCUUCACCCCCACCCUGAGGAACAUCAUCAUCAGUCUGUCGCGCCUGCCGCUGGUCAACAGCUACACCCGCGUGCCCCCACUGGUGUGGAAGCUGGGCUGGUCUCCGCGCCCCGGGGGCGAGUUCGGCACCACGCUGCCGGAGAUCCCCCUGGACUUCCUGCAGGAGAAGGACGUCUUCAGGGAGUUCCUGUACCGCAUCAACACCCUGGGCUGGAGCAGCAGGACCCAGUUCGAGGAGACCUGGGCCACUCUGCUGGGGGUGCUGGUCACCCAACCAAUCACCAUGGACCAGGAGGAGGAGGUGCAGCAGGAGGAGGACCUGGAGCGGACCCAGCUCAACGUGCUGGCGGUGCAGGCCAUCACCAGCCUGGUUCUGAGCGCCAUGACGCUGCCCGCCGCCGGCAACCCGGCCGUCAGCUGCCUGGAGCAGCAGCCCCGCAACAAGAGCCUGAAGGCCCUGGACACGCGAUUUGGCAGGAAGUUGGCGGUGAUCCGGGGGGAAGUGGAGCGGGAGAUCCAGGCGCUGGUGUCCAAGAGGGACAACGUCCACACGCACCACCCCUACCACGCCUGGGACCCCGUGCCCUCGCUGUCCGCCGCCUCCGCCGGGACUCUGAUCAGCCACGAGAAGCUGCUGCUGCAGAUCAACACGGAGAGAGAGAUGGGCAACAUGGACUACAAACUAGGACAGGUGUCGAUCCAUUCGGUCUGGCUCGGCAACAACAUUACACCCCUGAGGGAGGAAGAGUGGGGUGAGGAUGAAGAGGAUGAGACGGACACCCCAGCACCCUCCUCCCCCCCGACCUCUCCCAUCAACUCCAGGAAGCACCGGGCCGGGGUGGACAUCCACUCCUGCUCCCAGUUCCUCCUGGACCUCUACAGCCAGUGGCUCAUCCCCGGGACCCCCAACAACAGGCGGACCCCCGUGGUGCUGAUCAGUGAGGUGGUCCGAUCGCUGCUGGCGGUGUCGGACCUGUUCACGGAGAGGAACCAGUUCGACAUGAUGUUCUCCACCCUGAUGGAGCUGCAGAAGCUUCACCCCAUGGAGGACGAGAUCCUCAACCAGUAUCUGGUGCCCGCCAUCUGCAAGGCCGCGGCCGUGCUGGGCAUGGACAAGGCCAUCGCGGAGCCGGUGUGCCGGCUGCUGGAGACCACCCUGCGCAGCACCCACCUGCCCAGCCGGGUGGGGGCGCUGCACGGGGUGCUGUACGUCCUGGAGUGUGACCUGCUGGACGACACGGCCAAGACGCUCAUCCCCGUCGUCUCCGAGUACCUGCUGUCCAACCUGCGCGCCAUCGCCCACUGCGUGAACCUCCACAACCAGCAGCACGUGCUGGUGAUGUGCGCGGUGGCGUUCUACAUGAUGGAGAACUACCCCCUGGACGUGGGGGCCGAGUUCUCCGCCGGAGUCAUCCAGAUGUGCGGGGUGAUGGUGUCGGCCUCCGAGGACUGCACGCCCUCGGUCAUCUACCACUGCGUGCUGCGCGGCCUGGAGCGCCUGCUGCUGUCGGAGCAGCUGUCGCGCGUGGACGGCGAGGCGCUGGUGAAGCUCAGCGUGGACCGCGUCAACAUGCCCUCGCCCCACCGCGCCAUGGCCGCCCUGGGCCUCAUGCUCACCUGCAUGUACACCGGCAAGGAGAAGGCCAGCCCCGCCGGUCGCCCCGCCCACCCCGACCCCCAGGCCCCCGACAGCGAGUCGGUCAUCGUCGCCAUGGAGAGGGUCUCCGUGCUCUUCGACAGGAUCCGUAAGGGCCUUCCCAGCGAGGCGCGUGUGGUGGCCCGCAUCCUGCCCCAGUUCCUGGACGACUUCUUCCCGCCGCAGGACAUCAUGAACAAGGUCAUCGGGGAGUUCCUGUCCAACCAGCAGCCGUACCCCCAGUUCAUGGCUACCGUCGUCUUCAAGGUGUUCCAGACGCUCCACGCCACGGGGCAGUCCUCCAUGGUGCGCGACUGGGUGCUGCUGUCGCUCUCCAACUUCACCCAGCGCUCGCCCGUCGCCAUGGCGAUGUGGAGCCUCUCCUGCUUCUUCGUGUCGGCCUCCACCUCCCAGUGGAUCUCCGCCCUACUGCCCCACGUGAUCAGCAGGAUGGGCAGCAGCGAGGUGGUGGACGUGAACCUCUUCUGCCUGGUGGCCAUGGACUUCUACCGGCACCAGAUCGACGAGGAGCUGGACCGACGCGCCUUCCAGUCGGUGUUCGAGACCGUGGCCUCCCCGGGUACCUCCUACCACCAGCUGCUGGGGUGCCUGCAGUCCAUCCACCACGAUACCUCCCUCUGAGGGGGGAGGAGAGGGGGAGGAGGAGGAGACAACACCUCCCUCUGAGGGAGGGUAGGGGAGAGUGAGAGUGAAAGGAAGGAGGGCGGGUGAGGGAGAGGGAGGAGGAGGAAUGAAGGUAGAGAGACUGGUCACAUGUGAACACCUCACUGAAGUAGACGCAGCCUCCCUUUGAUGGGAAGGGAGGGAUGAGAGGGUGGGAGGGGGAGGAGAGGAGGAGGAGGAGGAGGGAGGGGGGAGGACCGAUGGCAGAGAACGGAUCACAUCCCUGUACACCUCCCUGAGGAAGAGAGACUCCACCGCCCUCUGGUCAAGACGAGAAUGUUGAAUUAGUCCCCCUCUCCUUCCUCCCUCCCUCUCUCCCUGCCCCAGAGCCUCGCGCCCUGACUCCCCGCACACUAAUCAGCGUAUCUAAGGCACCGUGCAGACAUCAGACACUGUAGCGAUGAGUCGACCACCGGCCCAGGCGUGCACUAGAGAUUCCCGGGGUUAGACGGUACGCUCUGACUUCCUGCGUGGUUAGCUGAGAUUUGAAGCAGCAGGUCAGUUUGUGUUGAGACUGGGAGCACGUCGCUUGCUGAUCUAUGAAAUGCACUGACCCGGGUUCCUUUAACUGUGAUGUCCACUACGACAUUUCUAUAGAUCCGCAACAUAACACUUCACGUUCCCGCGGUGAAAUCGACCGAGCAUAUUAAUUAUAUAACAAACUGGAUUUGUAUAUUUUCCUGUGAGGACGUCCUUAUUCAUUGCAUCGAGUUAAGUCGAAACAUAGAUUCAUUCUGAGUAAUUACGAUAUUUAAAGUGCCGAAAUGUCUAUUUUUGUGUGUGCUUUGCUAGAGGAAGCGAAUACAUGAGAUGCAAAGCAGGGAGAUGCCUGCUGUGAAAUGUGAUCGGCUUGUUAUUAUUAUCUAUGGUUGAGGUUGUAUAUUUGUAUGUUGUGCGCCCUCACUCUGACUCCCAACAUGAACGAGCUCAGAGAGACACUUUGUAAGACAGAGGUUUUAUGUAUACUUUAAAGUCAAUGAUCACCUAUAGCCAUAUUAUGUUCCGAUUAUCGUUUAGGAUUACAGAUUCCAUGUCCCUUAAAGAUGGCCAAGGUUGAUUGUGGUGUCUGGGCGCUGGGUCUUAGACUGACAUCUAGAGGAAGGUUAGAAGAGUUGUACACACGCAAACUACAUUUUUAGUUCUGGCCAAGGCCUAAAAUAGUUCUGGGGGCCAGGACCACGAACCCCCCUCCCUGAGGCAGAACACAUCGACUUUUGCUCGUGUUUUGUUGCAUCAAAGUCUCGUCGGAGCUGACAUGCGUUAGUGUCUGACCCGCCCAUCGGUUGUGUUUAUGAUUUUUUUUAAUUCUCAGGAUUUAAGAUUUCAAUGUUAUUGUUGUGAUAAGAAUGGAAACGUGUGUCAUCUUUUUAAUGGAGUACCUUCUUAUGCCAUGUACAAAAAAGAUUCCAUGUUAAUUGUAAAGUGACACACACACAUGAUUGUAAAGUAAUAUAAAAAGCCAUGUUGCAUGACCCACUUGUACUGUCUAUAGAUGUACCAACUACGAAUAGACGGUAAGGUAACACGAUGCAUCACUGUCAUGCUCCCGGGCCGAAUCGAACGACCGACAGAAGACCGGGGAUUGCACUUACGACGACGGUUAUACUUGCUUCUUCCAUUAUCACUGGUUUGUGAGCUGCCUAGAAACCUUCACCAUAGACUCCGUUUACGAAGCGUGUUUGAGUGUGUGUAUAGAUGUACAUCCCAACUUGUACAGUGGCGCUUGCAGACGCAUGCAGACUACGUUGUCACAGUGGUUGAUGUGUUGUCUCGGUCCACUGGUGGUUGUAGUGGUUUCUCAGGGCGACGGUUGCAAUGGUGGACCGUGGAACGGAUGCAACUCGCUCUUUUGUGACCGACUACAGCUUUAGACAAAUCAACAGGUGAGGAGUUUUAGCGAAGUAUAAUCAUAAAGAAAAAAGGACACGUUUGUCUACCUUUCGAUCGUUUUUGUUUUUGACUAAAGCUUUAUUUUAUUUUGUUUUAUGAAAGACGUUAUGUGCUACAGAGAAAAAUUAGUAUACAGAACUGGUUUCUCCUUCGUUAAAACUUGUUUACUUUGGGGAGGGGUAGGGGUUGGGGGCUAAAACACGACUUUACAUGAAGAUUAGUUUCUGUGCUUCACACAUUAUGACGUGACAUUGAUGCGACCGAUUGACUUUGAUCAUGGUAAUAAGACGAUGUAUUCAAAUAAUAAAUAAAUCAUCCUCUAUG